ACAACAGUGUGAAACCCUGGGUAGAUUCUUCAUAGGGAGUAUAUUUCUCCACACACUUGCAACAUGAGUACAAGUGACCUGCCUGGAAGGGUAUUCAUGCAACCACAUUUUUAUCCUGCACAUUUGAAAAGACCACCUGUAAGCGAAGGAGACUUGGCUGCAGGUCUGCGUGACACCGGAGAGUCCGACUUUGAAAGCCUUGCUCAAGAGAGACAAUAUCAGCUAGAACUGCAGCAGCGGGUUCGUGAAAAUGAAGCACUGGUAGGACUGUCYUCAGACGAGUUUGAGAAUGACAGCUUGGAAGAUAGCUUGGAGGAGAUGAGUGUAAAAGAGGAAGAAGGAGCCAAGCGUGACACAGAUCCAUACACAACUGGAAUGCAGAAGAGUGCUAGUAAUGGAAGGAAGCACCAGUCCGUGGACAAAUAUUUCAACCUAAGGUACAAUCCUAACUGGAAGAACAUGAAAGGCAUAGCAGAAUUUUCUGAAGUGAAAGAAGCACAUCAAAUUCCUUCAAGAGACAGCAUGGAACUUUCACAAGAUUCAUUUUAUCUCCUUUCCAAUGACUGCCCAAAGGAAAAAACUCCACAGAUGGCAAAAUCACAGGUUAUAUCCCCUGACUUUGAUACAAAAAUAUUAAACUUUCAUAAACCAAAUGCUGUGGUCAGCAAGAAACCUUUUAGGUUACAUGUUAAAGGGAAGGAACCUGAAAAAGACUGUMAUUUCAAAGAUAGUCCCAGUACAUUCAGCAGUGCUUUUUCUCUUCAGAUUCAGAAUCAACGAGCAAGAGCAAAAAAGGACUUUGUGGCAAAAAAUAAACGGACCUUAGGGUUAGGUACACGCAUGGGAAAUUCCUAUCUUCAAAUACACUGUAAAAAGCAAGGGGAAGGUCUUCAAGAACAGGUUGAAGAUACUAAAGCUGUUGAUGAAGCAGCAGUUCAGAAUGUCCUACCAUUUCAGAACAUGAAAAUGGAUCCUGAAGACAAAUGGCCUCCCUACUCUUCUGCUCACAGUUCACCAGCAGCCCUUUGUCCAGCUUCUCAACUCACCAAAACCCUGGAGCAGCACCGCCAAGAAUCAGCUCAUUGGACAGAAGCUCCCUUGGCUGACAGGCCCUUGUUCAGCCUGCUCCCACCCACAAAGCCACAGCUGGAAAGCAGCUCAGAGCUAAAUGCAGAGAGGGGCAAAGGAAGUCAAGUCCAAAUAAGCCGAAGCAACUCAGAAGGCUAUCUAAUGCAAAUGGAAAAGCAAAACCAGCCUAGAGCCAAGAAGCUGUAUCGUUCGAAAGCCUACUACACACAUCUGAAUGUGAGGCUUGGAGGCCUUGGACCGGACUAUGAGGCUGUCAGAGAGAAAAAAGAAAAGUUAAGGCAACAAAAGGAAUAUGCAAAGCAAAUUAACGAACACAACAUGAAAAACAUUACCUCUGUUCAGAGAUUGCCUGCAAAACCCAACGUUACAACUUCAGUGUCGAGGCAGAAGGCCCUGGAAUAUGCUAAGAAGAUUCCUAGACCCAAAACUUUUGUAACAAGGCAACCAGAGGAAGAGGUGAGAGAGGAAAGAGUUCUGUCACAGAUUUUAAAAAGACACCAUUUACCUCAGAUUGCGUCUUUGGAAACCUUACAAGACAGGCACGAGAAGGAAAAGCAAGUUGUAGCUGCUUUCAGAACCCUUCAUAUCUUAUAAGUAACUUGAAAUGAUUAGGGUUAUCUUCAAGGCAGAUAUUAGCCAAAGUGUUUAAUUAUGAGCUAUUACUACCACUUGUUAUUCUACCAUCCCACAGAAAUAUAAGGUGGUCUGUUUU